UUUUAGCAUUUUAAUACUUCAAAAGUUAUGGGCAGGAUUGAAAAUCUCCGAGAACAACAAGAUAAAUGUCGUGGAGAUCAUGAGAACCGCCUCAGAGAGAUGGAAACCGAAAGAGAAAAAUCGAAUCAAGGAAUAGCAGAUGCAGCCAGCGCAGCUGAUGGUCGUCUGAAUGCUGCUCGGCAAGAAAAUGAUCGUCAAAUUCGAGAAUUGAUGGCAAAAGUAGACAAUGAGAAUGAAAUGCAUUCUGAUGAAAUUUCAAGAAAAUGCUUUGAGCAUGAAGAAAAAAUGCUAGAAGCGAGGUUUAGAAGCAAGGAAGACCAACAAGCUGCUGAAAUGAAACAUCAAAUGGCGAUCAGUAAAAUGAAGGCAGAACACAACGCGGAAAUAUCAAAAUUGGAAGAAAAUAUAAAAGAAGCUAAAAAUGACGGGAAGCAGAAAGUUAAGAGCAUUGAUGACAAAAUAGAGUCUGUCCAAGACGAGCGGAGCAAGACCUUGGAAGCACAUAGCAAAGAAAUUCAAAAUAUGAGCGAUGAAUUUCAUAGCAAGAGUGAAAAAAUUCUAGAAGAUCAAUUGAAUGUGAAGAAGAAAAAUUUCGAAGAGAAGCGGCUCCAAUUGCUCGAAGAGCACAAACAAGAAAUCGAUCACAUCGACCGUCUGACAGCCGUAAUCCAAUGUCAAAGAGCUAAUGCAGCUACAAAAGCCCUUCUGAAUAAAUUUCUAAUUCUCAUGAAGCCUGUCCACGAAACUGUGAAAUUGUUGAAAGAAAUCGAACCAUACUGCGCUACUGGUUCCGAAGAAAGCGAUUUCAGCGUUGCAAGUAAUUUAAACGAAAUCGCCAUUUCAAGAUCUACAUUUUUAACGCAAGUGAAUCAAUUCAACCAAUACAUUAUUGCUGACAAUAAUAUUGACCAACUCGUAGUCAAUUGCUGCGUGAACUACAUAAAAACCCUGAAACAAACUAUGGACUCUAGAGAAAUUCGUUUUCUUGGUGUACAUUUGCCAAAAGCGAUUGCAAAACAAGAUGAGGCUGCAAUUGAAAAGUACGCCCGGUCAAUUGAAAACUUUAUCACAGAAAUUGAAAAAGUUGGAGAUCAAAUUGAGAUGGAUUUGCAACAGUCUAAUGGGAACCAAGUUGGAACGUCUACUUCACAGCCAGCAUUGGAAGAUUAAUUGUUAUUCGAACAAAAAUCAAAUAAUGAAGACGUCUGUUGAAUGAUUGGAAAUCUUUUUUCUUCGACACAAACCUAAAGUUACUUUAGUAAUUAAUUCAACAAUUAUUU